AUGGACAACACGCCCUGGACGUACACGGUGUCAGCGCUGCAGGUUCGGAUGCUUCGGAUCCCCGUCUCGGAGUCUGCCGCUGUUCGAGAGCUGAGGGUGUUCGCGACAAUAGACAAGCAGGCGGCGCAGUCGAGGGGGUCGAAGUGGAAACAGGAGCUCCAACCGACUGGAGGCUCUCCGCUUCGCUCGACGACGACGAAGAAGAGCACGAGGAGGAAACCACUGCCGACUGGUGGGAGGUUUGAUGCGUACCGACGGAGCGGCCCAAUUGAAGAGGCCAAGUGGGUGAGAGGCGACGGGAAGCUUCAGUGGACCUUCCCCAUGGAGAAGUUCCGUCGCUUGAAGGCGUACGCUCCGAGGAUCAAGGCGUUUGUGUAUGGCAUUGGCGACACGGUGAUCGAGAAUCACUCACAGGCACAGAUGGAGCACCUUGCGCGACAAGAGAAGGAUAGCCCAAUUACAAGCUUUGGGUGGUUCUUCCUAGACCUAAGGACGCCAGAUCUACCAGAACGGUGGUUAAAGUUACAGAAUUCACCGUUUGGUGGCGAGGUUUUGAUCUCCAGUACAUUUUCACCUGGAACGAUCUCACCAGGUUCACCAAGGCCAACCAACAGAUCAGGAAAAGCGCCGACAGCAUCGACUGUGGUUUCAGGUGAUAACGGGGAGUACUUGCAGAUUGGAGACAGCGAUGGCCAGGAGAUAUUUGUUCUCUCUGUCUUCAUCCAGGCAGCAUUGAACCUCUCCAAAGUCGUUGAGGCUGCAAUUAACGAGGAUCGGGACGAGCUCGAGCGAACGGGAUUCUGGCUCAGCUACUCGCUUUUUGACGUCGUCGUCCAGACAGAUGUGUUCUACAACCUGAGUGUUGCAGAGUUUUCUCCCAUCCGUGAUAGUUUCCGAGUCAAGAGCAGCCUGCGGGACCUGGCACUUUGUAUCGAGGACUUGGCUUGUCUUACGGUGUUCAUGUGCACGGAGAACCGGGUGCUUGCAGGAGUCGAGAUUCCUUUGCUUCCGAUACUCUCUAAGGAGCUCUUCUCGAGCUCCGACGGAAAGGAUCACGAAUUGAAUCCGGGUGAUACUUCUGAGAUUGAAGGAACGUUUUCGUUCCCAGAUUUUGAUGAAGCAGUUGUGACUGCUUCAGUUACAGUGGAGUUUGUGGAGUCUGAGAAGUCAAAAUUUGACACUUUGCAGCGACCUGCUGACAUGAGUCCUUCAAAGCAGCUCUCUGGCAUCAAGAGCACCAGCAGAGAUACCACAGAGCAAAGCACAUUUGUUAAUAUUUCUGGAUUGCCGAGUGAGAAGUCCGCAAACGAGCAAAUUUUAUUCAAACUGGACCACUUGCGCUUGAAAAGUGCGACAUUGGCUCCGUUCACAGGCGCAGAAAGUAUUUUGAUCGAAGUGGCUAUUGGAGAGCAACAUUCCUCCGGAAAUUUAGCUUUUUGUGCGUUCACGAGGCAUCACGCAUAUGCAACCAGCCCAGCAGUGGGGGUAUUGUUGGAGAAUGUAUCAAGUCAGACUGCCGUGGACACACCUAUUCGAAUUCGCUGCUUGUUGUCGGACUCAGAUCAAUUGGUUGCGAAUUCAUCAAUGGGGUCUAUAAGCAUUGCUCAGGAUGAUGAGGGGUAUCCAAAAUCAAUUGUGCUGCAGAUUAUGAAUGAGGCUUCCCGACUCGUCGGGCAAUGCAGGUUGGUUUGUAGUCGCGGGUCUGCUGCUCGCCAGAUGCUUGGGCGCAAACUACUGGACGAAACAAGCAGCGAGAAACACCAUUAUCGAAUAUGCUUAAGAUUGAAAUCUGUUCGAGAUAUCGAGCUUCCUGGUGGAUACUGUCUUCGUUACCAGAAUCCCUUCCUUAGUUCGGCAUUACGUAAGUCACUGCAGCCGUUCUAG